UGUGAAGGCAGAUUUCUCUUCUCUGCCAAAAUGUGGGGUUUGGGGGGUUUGUUUUUCCUUCUUGAGCUCACAUGCUGUGAGCCUCACAUGCUAUGAGCUCACAUGCUUUGUGCCUCUAUCAGAGGCACCCUGCUGGGCUGCAGCGGCUCCAGGUCUGCUCUGCUCUCUGUGCAGGAAACUCUCGUAAGCCUUUAUUUACCAAGAGCCCUUGUUUGGUAGUUCUGGAACAUCAACAUCAUUACAAAGAUUAACAUUCCCAUCUCUAUGAUUCUAUGAGGAAGUUUUUCAGCCAGAGGGUGGUGAGGCACUGGCACAGGCUGCCCAAGGAGGCUGUGGAUGCCCCAUCCCUGCAGGCAUUCAAGGCCAGGCUGGAUGUGGCUCUGGGCAGCCUGGGCUGCUGGUUGGCGACCUGCACACAGCAGGGGUUGGAACUGAUGAGCGUUGUGCUCCUUUGCAACCCAGGCCAUUCUAGGAUUUGGUCCUGAUAAUUUUUAAGUACGUUCCUACUCGGGACUGAUUUCAUACUGAAGGCUAUGAUAUGUGAGCAGUGGGAAGAGCUGCAGUAAUUCAGUUUGACUGCAAGACUCAGGGCAAGCCAUCAUAGCUGGAGGGAAUAAUUUUUCUCAAGGAAUGAGCAGCACGAUGUCUCGGUAUGUGAAGGAGUUUUUGGUUGGGUGUUGCACAGACAGUGGUAAUUGAUUUUAACUUCUGUCGCUUUUGUUCAGGUAAUUCUCGUGUUCUGACAUUGUGUUUGCUUUGAUAGAGCCACAUGUUCUUCAGAUGUAAAUCGGUGAACCUUUCUGGCCUCCAGCCAUUCGCACCUGGCUGCACACAGCUUUGGAGAGCAGGCUGAGAAGAGUUUGGCAAUUUUAAUCAUCUUCAGUGCUGCGCUAAGGCAGGUUGAGUGCUUUCUGUGUUUUUCCUUCCUUCUUUUGUAGAAAUAGUGAGAAAAGUUAUAGCAGAAAGCACCCACCUGCUUAAGAGAAAGAUGUUUUUAAUUUCUUUACAAGUUAAUAAUCCCUUAUUUUGUUCCUCUCUGUGUAGCUGUUAGUGAAAUGUGCUGUAAAGAUCUCCCUGAUAUCCUGAAGAAAGCUGUUAUAUGUAACCACGCAUAAAGAAAUGCAGUGAGUGCACAGAGCUCAGGUAGUGCAUGCAUGGCUUUAAGCUUCAAGCAGGAACAGCAAAUGCCAUUAAAGUGAGAGGCAGAGAGCAGCUGAUAAUCCAGCCCCCAGUACAGUUUUAGAUAUCAUGGCCUUCUUAGAUUUCUCUAUGCUUUUUUUCAUCUAGAAACAAACCUAUGCUUUCCUCACUGCUUUUGUUCUCAAUUUUGCUUAUUCUUAACUUUUAAACCAAGAUUCUAUGGAACAUCAGAAAGUUGGUAUUUCAUCCUGAACGUGCAGCCACCCUGAAUGCCAAGGCUGAAAUGAAGCACUCAAAAGCUUGACCCAAAGUCUGGUGGGUCAGCAGCAGGGCUCACACUGCAUUUUAGUGGGCUUUAAUGAGGCUGUGAGUAAUGAACAAUUUAUCAAGUCAUUUCCAUAUAAUUCCUUUUCUGUAAGGCUCACGGAGGAAAUAGGUUUUGUGAGUGACAAGGAGAAAUCUGAAAGAUGAAUGGAGGGGAAAAAGUAUGCAUGUGCUGAGGGCUUGCUCCUGCUCUCAGCAAUGCAGGUGUGGGGCUCGGUAUCUUGUAGAUCAGCUGCAGUGCUGAUUUUACACAGGAUUCAGUGAUUUACACCCUGUGCUCCGGAGCAGGGCCGGCCUUUGUGGUGCACACCUGUGUAGCUGGGCUGGAGCUCAGGGACACCAUAGGGACUGCCAUAGCUUGGGUGCUGCUGUGUGAGGGUUGGGCUCAGUGCUCCUUGUGGAUCCCCUCCAAAUCAAAGCGCUGUACAGCUCAGUGAUGGCACACUCAGACCUUCCUUUGCCCUGACAAGGCUGCGUGGCAGAUAACAAGUGCUCAGAUCCCACUGCUGUGUGUUCAGUGGUUAAGACCUGUCUCCUGGUGAGCAGCACAUAGAAAACCGCAGUAAGUUACACCGCUGCUGCUGGCUUCUGUGCUGCCCGCAGGAUCUGUGGCUGAGCAGGGCUGGGGCUGCCCCUCACUGUCAGCUGAAGCAUUUGCCUUUCUUCUGGAGGUCUCACAUCAAGGAGCAAAUUCAUCCGUGGUUGUUGAUUUCAUGCCUACGUCAUCAUGGAACAUCUCAAGUGAGCUAGAUAAAGAUUACUUCUUGACGCUCGACGAGCCGAUGAACAACAUCACCACCACUCUUGGCCAGACCGCAGAGCUGCACUGUAAGGUGUCCGGCAAUCCUCCGCCCACCGUGCGCUGGCUGAAGAACGACGCUCCCGUGGUCCAGGAGCCCCGGCGCAUCUCCUUCCGUGCCACCAGCUACGGCUCCCGGCUGAGGAUCAGGAACCUGGACACCACCGACACCGGCUACUUCCAGUGCGUCGCCACCAACGGCAGGAAGACUGUUUCUACGACCGGUGUGCUGUUUGUCAAAUUCGGUCCCCCACCAACAGCAAGUCCAGGAUCAUCGGAUGAGUACGAAGAGGAUGGUUUUUGCCAGCCCUACCGGGGGAUCGCUUGUGCACGGUUUAUUGGAAAUCGGACCAUUUAUAUGGAGUCUUUGCAUAUGCAAGGUGAAAUAGAAAAUCAGAUCACAGCUGCCUUCACCAUGAUUGGCACUUCCAGCCAUUUGUCGGAUAAAUGCUCCCAGUUUGCUAUUCCUUCACUCUGCCACUACGCCUUCCCCUACUGCGAUGAGACUUCCCCAGCUCCCAAACCACGGGACCUGUGCCGCGACGAGUGUGAAAUUCUGGAAAACGUCCUGUGUCAGACCGAGUAUAUCUUUGCUAGAUCCAACCCCAUGAUUCUGAUGAGAUUAAAGCUGCCCAACUGUGAAGAUCUUCCCCAGCCAGACAGCCCGGAAGCCGUCAAUUGUAUUCGGAUUGGGAUUCCCAUGGCAGACCCCAUAAAUAAAAAUCACAAAUGCUACAACAGCACAGGGGUGGACUACCGGGGCACAGUGAGUGUGACCAGGUCGGGGCGGCAGUGCCAGCCGUGGAACUCGCAGUACCCGCACACGCACACCUUCACUGCCAUCAGGUACCCGGAGCUCAAUGGGGGGCACUCCUACUGCCGCAACCCCGGCAACCAGAAGGACGCCCCGUGGUGCUUCACCUUGGAUGAGAAUUUCAAGUCCGAGAUCUGUGACGUCCCGGCAUGUGAUUAUAAGGAUGCCAAAGAAAAGAAUAAAAUGGAAAUCUUGUAUAUCCUGGUGCCAAGUGUUACUAUUCCCCUGGCCAUAGCAUUGCUCUUCUUCUUCAUCUGCAUCUGUCGCAACAACCAGAAGUCGUCCUCCCCUCCAGUUCAGAGACAGCCAAAGCACGUCAGAGGGCAGAAUGUGGAGAUGUCGAUGCUCAACGCCUAUAAACCGAAGAGCAAGGCUAAGGAGUUGCCUCUCUCUGCUGUUCGUUUCAUGGAAGAACUGGGUGAAUGUGCUUUCGGCAAAAUCUACAAGGGACACCUCUACCUUCCAGGCAUGGACCACGCUCAGCUCAUUGCAAUCAAGACACUGAAAGACUUUAACAACCCCCAGCAGUGGGCAGAGUUCCAGCAAGAAGCAUCUCUUAUGGCCGAGCUCCACCACCCUAACAUCGUUUGCCUCUUAGGUGUGGUGACCCAGGAGCAGCCUGUCUGCAUGCUCUUCGAGUACAUGAACCAAGGAGACCUGCACGAGUUCCUCAUCAUGAGAUCACCACACUCAGAUGUUGGGUGUAGCAGCGAUGAGGAUGGAACUGUAAAAUCCAGCCUGGACCACGGGGAUUUCCUGCAUAUUGCAGUCCAGAUUGCAGCAGGGAUGGAAUACUUAUCAAGCCAUUUCUUUGUCCAUAAAGAUCUUGCGACUCGUAACAUUUUAAUUGGAGAACAGCUUCACGUGAAAAUAUCAGACCUUGGACUCUCAAGAGAAAUCUACUCAGCAGAUUAUUACAGAGUUCAAAACAAAUCUCUUUUGCCGAUUCGCUGGAUGCCACCGGAGGCGAUAAUGUACGGCAAGUUCUCUUCUGAUUCAGAUAUUUGGUCAUUCGGAGUUGUUUUAUGGGAGAUAUUCAGCUUUGGACUUCAACCGUAUUACGGAUUUAGCAAUCAAGAAGUCAUAGAGAUGAUCAGGAAACGACAGCUGCUGCCUUGCUCUGAAGACUGCCCUCCUCGAAUGUACAGCCUGAUGACGGAGUGCUGGCACGACCUGCCCUCUCGGAGGCCGCGAUUCAAAGAAAUCCACGCCAGGCUGCGCUCCUGGGAGGGCCUGUCAAGCCACACUAGUUCUACCACCCCCUCAGGUGGGAACGCCACCACUCAGACAACUUCCCUCAGCGCAAGCCCCGUCAGUAACCUGAGUAAUCCCAGGUACCCUAACUACAUGUUUCCAGCACAAGGCAUAGCGCAAGGCCAAAUCGCCGGGUUCAUAGGGCCGCCCUUACCUCAAAACCAGCGAUACAUCCCGAUCAACGGGUACCCGAUUCCUGCAGGCUAUGCCGCUUUCCCAGCCGCCCACUACCAGCCGCAGGGCCCGCCCAGGGUCAUCCAGCACUGUCCUCCUCCAAAGAGCCGAUCUCCCAGCAGUGCCAGCGGAUCCACGAGCACGGGUCACGUCACAAGUUUGCCAUCGUCAGGAUCCAACCAGGAGGCAAACAUCCCUUUGCUGUCCCAUAUGUCGAUCCCCAGUCACCCGGGCGGAAUCGGUAUAACCGUUUUUGGAAACAAAACUCAAAAACCGUACAAAAUUGACUCGAAGCAGUCCUCCCUACUAGGAGACUCGAGCAUCCACGGACCUAAUGAAUCUAUGAUUUCAGCUGAAUUGUAAAUAAGUGAGGCCUUUGUAAAUAUAACUAUUUACGAUACAAACUAGAAAGUAGUAGAAAAGAUUUAUAUUCAAAUAUUUUAUUAAAGAUUCUUCUGGUUGUUUAACAGACAUCGCAGCAAGUAUCUUCUGUGAAGUUUAACUGCUUAACAGGAUGGGCAGAGCAACCAGACAAAGAUCCUUGUGGUAUGAAUACUCAGCUUUGUGAAUGGACGCAUUGUUUCUCCAAGUGCCACCGACAGCUCCAAGAGGGGAAGGGGGAAUUUUUUUGAAGCAAGAACAUUUUAUCAUACGCUUUUUCACAGCUUGUUAAGCCUCUGAUGUGGUUUAAAUCACAGGAAUUUUUUAAUGCUGAAAACGUAUUUUAAUAUUUGUCUCU